CGUCUUCCUCCUCUUCCCCAUCUACGUCUCCUCCUCCUCUUCCAUGGUCGAAGUCUUCGCGGACCGGCUCAUGCCGCGUCCUUGAACGCCAUCACCGCAUUCCUCCUUCCUUCCCUCCCUCCCUCGAUCUCAAUAACGAAGAAAAGAAAUCCACCCCUCCUCCCAAUCCCUUCUUCUUCAUCUACUUUGAUCCCUCAAACCCUUUACGUUUCCCAACCACAUCACCACAGAUCUGUCCUCUUUCGUUCUCGAGACCUUACGUACAUAGAUCGAUCUUCUACGGUUCUUGGUUUCGCUUGAUGUUGGUGCGAUGUCGUCGAUCCUGCCCAAGAACGAGACGGUCCAGAUACGCGAGGUGUGGAGCGACAACCUCGCGGCCGAGUUCGCCCUGAUCCGCGAGAUCGUGGACGACUUCCCUUACGUGGCCAUGGACACCGAAUUCCCCGGCAUCGUGUGCCGUCCCCUCGGCAACUUCCGGACCAGCUCCGAGUUCAACUACGCCACCCUCAAGGCCAAUGUCGACAUGCUCAAACUCAUCCAGCUCGGUCUCACCUUCUCCGACCAGCUCGGCAACCUCCCCACCUGCGGCACCGACCGUGGCUGCGUAUGGCAGUUCAAUUUCCGCGAGUUCGACAUCCAGCAGGACGUCUUCGCGUCCGACUCCAUCGACCUUCUCCGCCAGAGCGGCAUCGAUUUCCAGAAGAACAAUGAGAAGGGGAUUGAUUCCCAGCGCUUUGGCGAGCUCCUUAUGUCGUCGGGCAUCGUGCUCAAUGACUCGGUGCACUGGGUUACCUUCCACAGCGGCUACGAUUUCGGGUACCUUCUUAAGCUUCUCACUUGCCAGAACCUCCCGGACACCCAGGCCGGCUUCUUCAAUCUCAUCAACAUCUACUUCCCUACCGUGUACGACAUCAAGCACAUCAUGAAAUUCUGCAACAGCCUCCAUGGGGGGCUCAACAAGCUCGCCGAGCUGCUCGAUGUCGAGAGGGUGGGGAUCUGCCACCAGGCCGGUUCAGACAGCUUGCUCACCUCCUGCGCUUUCAGGAAGUUGAAGGAGUCUUUCUUUAAUGGUUCUACUGAGAAAUAUGCUGGCGUGUUGUAUGGGCUCGGAGUUGAGAAUGGGCAGACUGCCCAUUGAGUCAAAAAAAGUAAUAAAAAAAAAAAUGUGAAUUAUAAUAGAAGUUACGUCGUGUGGUGUACUUGCCCCGAUGUUUUAA